GACCAAGGUUCGUUUUCUCGGUUGGUUGUAGCCGGCGACUCGAAUGAAAAUAAAUCGGCGGUACGACGAACUGGUUCGUGCGUUCGCGUAAAGCGGUCGUGCGGCCCGGUAGAGAACAGAGACAGAGGCGAUAUAAUAUAUCGGGCGAGCGCGAGUGAGAAGGAGGGGAGAUUGCUCUCGCGACGCGGGACAAGGCCCGGUGUGUGUUGCCUUGUUUGGACCGUGGAAAAAAAGGCCCUAUCGGACAACAAUCGGCCGUUACGGCCGAGAUACAGAGGUCCCGCGAGAUGUCUCUGACGUGCCGAGUCCAGUAUCUGAAUGACGUCGAUCCGUUUGCCUACGCGAGCUCCUAUCCAGAGCCACCUAGGCCGCCUGUGCACACCUUCAGCGCGACCUUGCCACUAAUUAACCAGCUCGCAGCGGUGCAUCGACUUCUACGGGCGCCUCACAGGCUUGAUGAUACGGCGCUCCAGCUCUACAAAGAUGGCGACUAUGGUGCCUAUUUGGACCUCGAAGCUUCCAUCAGCGAGCAACAAGAAGAAUUCGAAGGGUUCCAAACCAACCGAAAGAACUCGAUCGUUCUCAGGACACAGCUGUCCGUGAGGGUGCACACCAUCAUAGAAAAAUUGCUGAACAGCGAGGGCCGCGAGCUGCGACGAGCUCUCUUCUCCCUCAAGCAGAUCUUUCAGGAGGACAAGGACCUGGUUCACGAGUUCGUGCAAAAUGAUGGGCUUGCUUGCCUCAUCAAGGUUGGAAGCGAGGCUGACCAGAAUUACCAAAAUUAUAUACUACGAGCUCUUGGCCAGGUGAUGCUCUACGUGGACGGUAUGAAUGGAGUGAUGGAACACGGUCAGACGGUCCAGUGGUUAUACACGUUAAUAGCGAGCCGGUUCCGAUUGGUGGUGAAGACCGCGCUCAAGCUUUUGCUUGUGUUCGUCGAAUACGUCGAGACGAACAGUCUGUUGCUGGUCAGAGCCGUUAGAUCGGUCGAUACGUCCAGAGGCAUGAUACCCUGGACAAACGUGAUGAAGCUGUUGAAGGAUUACGACGCGGCCGACACGGAAUUGCUGAUAUACGCGACAACGUUGGUCAACAAGUGUCUGAACGGUAUACCGGAUCAGGACACUUAUUACGAUCAGGUCGACUGUUUGGAGGAGCAAGGGAUAGAGGGCAUCAUCCAGAGGUACAUGUCGAAGCAAGGAACCGAUCUUGAUCUACUAAGGCAAUUUCAGAUCUACGAGGCGGUGCUGCAUCACGAGGAUGGGAACGAUAGAGGCUCGCCUAUUCGCCAGCUGGAUGAUAAUAUCAGGAAGACGCUGCGAAACCGGAAGUCCCUGGUGGAUUCGCACGAACGGCGAAAAUCCCGGCGGCACUCGACGGGCACGUCCCCAUUGUCGAUGUCCUUGAACGCGCGACUAAGUCCACGGCUCAACCACUCGUUGGGUCUAAGCUCUCUGAACAACACGCUAAACUCGAGUUUGCCCGACGACGACGACGAGUCGAGCAGCUCUCAAAGUUCGCAGGGUCAUCUAGGCGAGGUCCAAUUGAAUGGCAGCUACAAGGAGAACAAAGUGGACGUUGGCGUGACACCGGCGUUGAGACGUCGAAGGGAACGAGCCGAGAGGCAGAGGAGCUUUAUCAGGGAGCAGCAGGAAGCCACGGCGAACAUGCGAGCAUCCGUGGUGCCCUCGGACGAUCAGGAAAGUCCCUACGCGACGAACGGGCUGCGUUACACGAACGGCACGUCGUACGAAAGAAAUGCGGACUCGCCGUCGAAUAAGUUGUCCAGGACGAGCAGCAGGAAGGAUUUGACGCCUCUGAUGAACGCCGCGAACAAGCUCGACUCCGAGGAGAAGAAACCAUGGUACGGGAAGAGCCCGGACGAGGGUGUCGAGUGCGACGAGGGUAAUCACACCGACGAGGACGAGGAUCGUCGAGUGGUUCUACAAUUGAAGAGGGAAGGGACCGUGAAAGAUCUCACGCAAAAGUUGGCCGCUCAAAAUCUUAUACCGAGCAGCCCGGUCGAGGAGAAGGUUUCCAGGAUAGGGGACAUGAGCGGACUGAUCUCGAAGGCGAAGGAGGGUCUCGCCAAGUCCAAGUCGAAGGCGGACGUGUUGAAGUCACCGACCGGGGACAAUCUGCCCACGAAACCUCAAGAAGCGAAGAAAUCCGAGAACGAGUUGCACUGGGAGGAGCUGGUUAAGAAAUUAAAACGGCCUCUCGAGCUCUGCGACCUCGACUUCACCGAUCUGAAUUCGGACGACGAGGUGGACGUUCUCGGCCCCGUGAACGUGACCAACGGGGUGCCUCCACCUCCACCGCCCAUGGUACCGACCCCAGGCGGCGCGCGGGCACCACCCCCGCCCCCCUUAGGGGCGAGGCUACCGCCCCCCGUGCCCCAAGCGCCUCCACCGUUGUUCGGGGUGAAUCUCAAGUCGCCAAGAUCGCCGACCGCGACCGAUAAUGGAAAUACACCGAAGAGCCCGCCACCGGCGUUCACGAAGAAGAGCAAGAAGACGGUGAAGCUGUUCUGGAAGGAGGUGAGGGAUGACCCGAUCAUAUUGUCCAGGCUCGACAAGAACAAGAUGAUAUGGGACGAAUUGUCGCCUGUACCUGUUGACACCCAGAAGCUCGAGCAUCUGUUCGAGAGCCGCGCCAAGGAUCUCAUCACGAAGGAGAAACAACAAGAGAUGAACAAGAACAAGGAGAUCAUCGUGCUGGACCAUAAACGAUCGAAUGCUAUCAACAUCGGGAUGACCAAGUUACCUCCACCAAGAUCGAUUAAGACAGCUAUUUUGAAAAUGGACGCUACGAUUAUGAACAGGGAGGGUAUCGAGAAACUAUUGACUAUGCUGCCAACCGAGGAGGAGAGGUCUAGGAUACAAGAGGCGCAGGCCGCCAAUCCUGACCUACCUUUGGGAUCGGCCGAGCAGUUCCUUCUAACUUUGGCCUCCAUCUCGGAGUUGCCAGCCAGGCUGAAACUUUGGGCGUUUAAACUGGACUUUGAGAAUUCGGAAAAGGAAAUUGCGGACCCUUUGAUGGAUCUGAAGCAGGGAAUGGAGACCCUGCGAGUGAAUAAAACGUUCCGCGGGAUUCUGAGCACGCUCCUUUCGAUCGGGAUAUUCCUCAACGGAAAUGAGGUGAAGGGCUUUCAGCUGGAAUACCUCGCCAAAGUACCUGAAGUGAAGGAUACGGUUCACAAGCACUCGUUGCUUCAUCACCUUUGCCACAUGGUGAUGGAGAAGUUUCCGGAUUCCACGGAUCUCUAUUCCGAGAUCGGAGCAGUGACAAGAGCUUCGAAAAUCGACUUCGACGAGCUUGCAGCGAACAUCGGGAAAUUGGAGAGCGAGUGCAAGGCAUCGUGGGAUCAUCUGAAGCUCAUCGCGAAGCAUGAUGGCUCGACGAUGAUGAAAGUCAACAGAAUGUCAGACUUCCUGGCCGACUGCGCGGAGAGGAUAAUAGUGCUGGGGAUAGUGCACAGGCGGAUCAUAAAUCGAUUCCACAAAUUCAUCCUCUGGCUGGGCAUCCCAUUGCACAGGGUGCAGGACACGAAGCCGAACGAGUUUUGCCGUAUCGUGUCCGAGUUCGCGCUCGAGUACAGAACCACCAGGGAGAGGGUGAUACAGCAGCUCGAGAAAAAAGCCAAUCACCGUGAAAGAAAUAAGACCAGGGGAAAGAUGAUCACAGAGGUUGGCAAAUUCAGGACGAAAGAGGAUCGCGCGGACGCGGAGCUCAGACAAUUGCUUGGAAGCGAUAUCUCCGAUGUCGAGAGUAUUCACGGCACCCUUCCGUGGAGAAGACAGAGGAAAGAUGGUCGCACCUCAUUGGGCCCAUUGCUCCGCGACGAGAACACAAAUGGAAAUCUGACUGACGGCGAUGACGAGUUGCUGGAAUCCCUGGUGAAGACGGCGACGAAAACGCCUGCAACGAGGACAACGCCAAGGGAACGCAAGAGGACCAGACACGCCGAUCGUAAGUCUUGUAAGUGUGAUCCCCGCACCCUGCACCUAACCUCCCUUCUUCCGCGCUGAUCGAUCUAUAGAUUCUUCCUUAAAAAUCGAUCGUUUGAUCGGUUCUUCAUUAUCGAUACACUGGUGUUUUAUGGAUCAAUUUUUUUCUCGUGAGGACUCCAUCUUACUUCAUAACUUCAUUAUAAAGAAAUUUAUUCAAAUGAUUUCAAUUUUUUAUUCAUUGUAUUUUUUGUAAUGAAUAGUGAUUUAUAAAAGUGCGUUAUUCAAUACUUUAGUAAAAUCUUGUAAUAUCUUAAAGAAGAUUAUUAAAAAUAAAAUUUAUUUCAAUGGA